UCCCCCGCCGAUCAUAUGUUCGUGAGCGAGGCGCGCGCCGGCGCUCAGCCGCUCACUGCGAGUCGCGCACUCGUCGCUGCCGCAACACCGCCAGUGGCGCUCGAUCAGCUGUCCGCGCGGAGCAGCGCUAGCGAGUCCCGCUCCCGUGUCCGGCCGGCCGCAGUGCGGUGCGCGAUGGACCUGCUGUGCGAGGAACGCGUCAGCCCGAGCAGCGCCGGCAGCGCGGGUGAACCGGCCGCGGCUGCGCCGGGCCCGCGAGCCGCCGGCUGCGACCCGGUACUGCUGCGCCGCCGCGUGCUCGACAACCUGCUGCGCGCCGAGGAGCGGUACGCCGUCACCGCGAACUACUUCGCUACCCUACAAACGGAGAUCACACCGCACAUGCGCCGCCUCGUCGCCGAGUGGAUGCUAGAGGUGUGCGAGGACCAGAGUUGCCAGGAGGAGGUAUUCCCGCUGGCCAUGUCAUACCUGGACCGGUUCCUGAGCACGUGCGCGGUAGGCAAGAGCCAGCUGCAACUUCUUGGCACGGCCUGCUUGCUGCUCGCCUCCAAGCUGCGGGAGCCAGGCUCACGCGGCCUACCCGCCGACCUACUCGUGUUCUACACCGCCAACAGCAUUACUCUCUCCGACCUCUGUAGCUGGGAACUGCUGGUGUUGUCAAAACUGAAGUGGGACGUGGCGGGUGUAACGGCGCACGACUUUCUGCCGCUGCUGUUAGCGCGCCUGCCCUUGCCCGCCCUCGUCAACACAGACAUGGUGCAGCGCCACGCACAGACCUUUAUUGCGUUAGCUGCUAGAGAUUACGAGUUCACGCUGUACUCGGCGAGCACGCUGGCGUGCUGUAGCAUAGCAGCGGCUCUCCGCGGCCUCUGCAUGGACGGCCACCUGCCGCGACUGCGCGACCUCACCGGCAUCGACUUGGACUGCCUUCAGACAUGCCUAGAGCAGAUAGAGGAGAUGGUACAGGUGAUGAUAGAGGAGCGCGUCGCGACGGCCCCAAACGGGCAGACGCGCGCGGCGGCGGGGGGCUGGACGCCGCCGCCCGCGCAACCCAAGACGCACAACAGCGCAGCCACACCCACUGACGUGCGCGACGUGCACUUCUAGCGCCCUAGUCGCGCACGCGCAUGCGCACGCCCGGCCGCACAAAGCGCCACAAUACCGAAUGUCGUGUGCCACGUGCACUUGAACAUCUCCACCAUUGCCGCCCGCAGCCGGCGCAUGGAACUAUCGCUUUAAUUACCAUGUGUAUAAGUACGAGAAUACUUUAAACUACAACGUUUAGUUGCAACGGUGAAUCCGUGAUCGAGGACUGAUAUAAAGACUGACGAUUACAUGUGUCUAACAUAAGUACCUUUUGAGUGUUAAAUGUAAGUCCUAUUCGGUUAAUAGGUUAAGCCCCGCGUGCUACUUUAGUUAACUUUCCGCGCGGAGUUGCGUCGCCGCAGCACCGGAGGUGACAGGCGUCGAGCUCUGAUCAGGUCUAACUCUAGAUGUGGUACCGCUUGCGCAUACACUUUCCAUUUCUAGGUAACAUGCUUUUGAAAUUACAAUCUACCUCUUAAUGUUUAAGAUGAUCAUCAAUUUUGUUCGAUGAAAGCAUAUUCAGUAAAAGAAAUAGAUUUAGAUUUAGGAGUAAGGCAGAUGUUAUAUGGGACCAAAGGGAAAAUUGAUCGAGUUGAACAAAGAAGGAAGCAAUCAAAUUCCAGAAGAUAAUUGUUACAAAAUUAAUGGGCAAUUUCAAUUUGAUUGAACAAGCAUUUAUGUGACAAAUCAUGUUGAAUAUUAAAUAUAGUUGCAGUUUAUUUAGUUGAUUUCUUUGACUAUAAGUAGAAAUAUCUAUUUUGUUGCUUAUAACAAAGGAAAUAAGUAAAUUAUCUAUAAAAAUAUAUUAAAAUAUAAAUUUAAUUUCAUCUGACUUCAUAUAUUACGUCGAUCGACUUCUAACAUCGGGGGAAGGCAAUAAAAUACGCUUUUAUUUUGUAAAAAUAAAACUUAUGUUCAUCUUUUACAUAUAGUUAAUAUGUAUAGUAUUUCUUCUACUUAUUCCAUUUACAUAAAUAAAGCAACAUGGUUUGCGUAUUGCACAUACAUAAAAAUAAUUAUCGAGUUAGAUGAAAGGCUGUAUAUUUUGUAUGGUUUGUGGGCACCGGCACUGCCAUUGUUCCUUUGCACGUUACGUACAGUGAAACUAUUUAAUUAUAAGUUUAUUAUUAUUGUGAUAGAUAUAAAGUUGUUUUAAUUUCGAAUCGUAGUCACUUCAAGUCAUAAUAUGUAACUUAGGGGUCCUAUUGCGGUUGAAUUUAUUGUUAGAAAGGACAAGAUGAUAUUGCGAUUUACGCAUCGUGUUUAAGAUUAGUAGUAAGUUGUAAACAGUUUUUGUUCCUAUGCUUACAACCGCUGGAAAUACAAUAGCCCAAUUUUUAUGUUGACCAGCAAAUAACUUGUUGACAAAUAACGAUGAUAUUAAAAUAACUGACUGAUUUAACGGGGUAUUCCUUGUUGUCUACCUACAUUUGACUGUUCUCCAAGAUAUUUGCCGGAGUUAAACUGUGUUGUACUUAAGAAUUCUACAAAAUCAAUACUGUUUCAUAUGCUAUGUGAUAUCUCUUGGUUUAUAUUAAACAUAUAUCGCUGAUUUACUUUAGAUAUAAAAUAGUUAUAAUAAAUUUAUUAUUAGUAAGAUCUUUAUAUCCGUUUGUAAUAAAUUGUGGUAUUGUUAAUUAAGAAUUAUGUCAAAUGUCUUCCAUUGAGAUAUAAAUUGGGAAGUCGACACGAUAUAAGAUUGUCGAACUUUAUUCCAAAUGCAUAAAAUGGUUUAUGUAAAUAUAUAAAUAGAAUAAAUGUAAAUAUAAAGAUGUAUGCUCUAAGCAUUCGGUGCCAUAAGUUAUUAUAUAAUAAAAGUAUUCUGUAAACUUUUAAAGAGAUGAUAUAGAAAAUAUGUUAAACGAACCAUAUCUCAAGUACCUACAUACAGCAAAUGUUAGAUCGUUUGAUCUAAAUAUAUAAUUUAUAAGAAAUUCGGUUGUGGUUGUACCUAUUGUUAGGAAAUUCAAAAUUGUCAUAAUUAAUAAAUAGACACUAAAUAAAUAUUUCUUUUAAUAAAAACUAUGUGGGAAAAUAUACGCAUUACGAAAUAAUAGUUACUAUGUUAUUGCUUAUUAGGCUUUUGGACUGGCUUUUUGAUAUAGUAUAGGAUAUAAGAUAUUAUUGUUAUGGUAUAGAUUAAAAGUUUAACGUAUGAGACAGAAAGAAAUCUUGAUUUUGUUUCAAUGUAUAUAUAAAUAGUUGGCGGAGUUUUCUGCAAAGAAGUGAUCUUUUUCUUUUGGGACGCGGACGCCCUCUGUUAUGUAAGAAGCUAAAUUCUAAAGAAACAAAGCGCGGAAUUGCGUUACUUUGAUUUUAUAUGUGAUUAUUACGUUUAAGUUGCUCUUUGUAUUGUAUUAUCGUUACGAGAUGUAGAUAUUUAAAAAAAUAAUAAAAAUCUCAAAAAUUA